GUUUCAGUGAAAGAAUCCGAAACAGAUCAAAAAACCAAUAACGGAAUGUGGGAUGAGCGCGCUUCUGUGCCACAAUUUCGUUGUACACCUGCAGAAGCUGCCACGCCCACGACGAACAUCCCCCCAAACUCCGAGAACAACGCGAAAGACAAACAAAACAAACUCAAAUUCAAAAGCAACAUCAGUGAUAUGGAAAUGUGCAUAGAGAAAAAGGCAAAAAAGUCGAAAAAGUCAAAAAAUGAAACAGCUGAGAGUUCAAUGCAGGAGCAGCAGCAGCAGCGACAGCAGCAAAGCAACAAAGACAACAAUUAUCAAAAGAAAUGCCACCAAAAUCAAACGAAAACUCAAGGAAGGCAAACACAUAAGAGCAAAAGCAACAACAGCAAAAGCAGCAUCAAAAGCAGCAGCGACUGCAGCAGCAACAACAACAACCAAAGAGAUCGAGACCACCUGAAAAAGCAACAACAAAACCAACGAACAACAAAACCUACAACAAAAGCCACAUCAACAAACGGCAGAAGCGACGCCAACAGGAGCAGCGCCGUCAGCAGCAGCAUCAUCAUCAAAAGCAGCAAAGUCAACGCCAGCGGCAACGUCAGCAGCCACACCACCAACAACAGCAGCAACAACAACAGCAGCAAUUGCUGCACACAAUUAAACACGCUCUAUUUGCUGCUGGUGCUCUUAAUAGUUGGCCUCGCCCACCACUCAGCCACUGCCUCCCCCUACGAGAGCAGGCGUGAUGCUCUUUUGGCCUACUAUAAACGCGCACACCUUCAGCAGCAGAGUGUCGCCCGCGGGGCUGUCGCUGUCGCUACCUACGAGGGGGGACCGUCACAGUCCCAGGAGGAGUACCAUUUACACGAUGCCUCCGCUGUGGAUUUUGAUGAGCUAACGCCCACAGUCAGCGUUGUCUCUGCUCUGACUCGGGCAGAGCGUUUGCGUAAGCGAAGCCCCCUUCCAACAACGCUAUCAACUGCCAGCACAACAACAACUGCAUCGGAAGCAGCAGCAAUAACAACAGCAGAGUCCGCAGCGGAAGCAUCCAGCAGCAGCAGCAGCAGCAACAGCAAAAAGCCAGAAGAGAAAUGCGAUCCAAAAGUAUUGGAAAUGGUGCCCGAUGAGCCGUUUUACGACUUUACCGACAUUGCCGAGGAUGCUGCACGCCAGUUUAUUGAAUUUCUAUCGAACAAAUUCCCAAAUGCCAACACUCCGAUUGCCAUCGAUGAGCCGACACGUGCGGAGGUGAGCCGUCGGGCCAACAGUAUCGCCAGCUAUGCCCUAAACGAGGACGAGAACCUACUGGCCUUUGCCAUCGCCGCGCCGAGCAUACACACGGUUGUCGUUAAAUUCAGGGAUAAUGUCACGAUACCGCCGGAUCAGGUGCAUAAUAAGGCGUUUUUGGGCUCUUACUGGCGGGAAUUGGGUGCCGCCUGGAACAGCAGCGACGGUACCCAGGAGUGGGGCGCCCCUUUUCGCGACUGCAACCUGUUGACGCGCCGCUGGCUGUGGCCCUUUCGCAUAUCAUUCACAGAGCAUAGAAUCAAAAUUGUGGCAGCUGCCUUUAUUGCCGCCGAUGAGGAUGUGUGCAACGAUGGACUGGAGGAGGUGUUUGGCCGUCGUCACGGGUGUGAUCGAAAUACUACUUUCUGCCUUCUCACGGAGAACAAACCGGCGGCCACGAGGGAUGUGUACACGUGUCUCUGUCGGGAGUCCUUCUAUCUGCCAAACUCGACGCUGCAGGGCUUCCGCGGCGAUUUAGUGGAACUGUCCGAGGGCUACGACAACUACUCGUGCAUACCGUGUCCGGGCGGUUGCACAAACUGCGAUCAGCAUGGGGUGUGCCUCAACUUUCAGGAGGAGGAGGCCCUCAAUAUGGAUGCCUGUCUGCGUCUGCUUGUGGCCAUUGUCCUGGGCGCCUGUAUCCUGUGCUGUGUGGUCCUGGGUGUGAUUGUUUUCAGACAGAGGAAGAGCAAGGCCAUUGCCUCGGGCAUGUGGACUGUGCUGGAGACGAUACUGCUGGGAAUUGUUUUACUUUAUGCAUCUGUUGCCGUCCAUUUCUUUCCCGCCUCCACCGAGCGCUGCCUGCUGGAGCCCUGGCUGCGGGAACUGGGAUUCAUCACCUGCUACGGCGCCAUCAUACUGAAACUGUACCGCCACCUGGUAGAUUUUCGGACACGGAAGGCCCAUCGCUGGGUCCUGCGGGACGUAGAUCUGCUCAAAUAUCUGGGCGCCAUGGUGUUCGCGGUGGUGUGCUACAUGUCCGCCUUUACGGCCUCGUCGCUGGAUCUGCUGGAGAGCGCCCAGCUGGAGAGUCUACGCGAGGCGAGCACCAACACCUGCCAUCCGCUCAAGUGGGAGCUGGUGACGCAGGCCAGCGAAAUACUCAUCCUGUGCUUCGGCCUGCACCUCUCCAUAGCCAGUCGCAAUGCCAACACUCAGUUCCGGGAACGACAAUUUCUGGUGACCGCCCUCACGCUCGAGUUCCUUGUCUCGUCCAGCUUCUACUUUCUGCGCUUUGUCUACCUACCGGAAAUGAGUCCCAGCGCCAUACUGUUGGCCCUCUUCGUGCGCUCCCAGCUGACAAACAGCUUUGCCCUGGGUCUGAUAUUUGUGCCAAAAUUGUGGUAUCAGCACAAGCAGGUUCGUUCGCUAGCGUAUGAUCUAUCAAUACGUUUACCUGUGGAUGCUUUCAAGGGUGCUGCACACGAUGCCGGUCAGCGUUUGGGCGGUGGCUAUGCGGGCCUUUGCCUUGGUGACCCCGACAUCGGUGAGCUGACCAUAUCCGAAAUGAGUCCCGAGGAUAUACGUGCUGAACUCAAAAGACUGUAUACACAACUUGAGAUACUGAAGAACAAGACCUUGAGACAGGACAAUCCGCACAUCAGCAAACGACGCGGUGGACGCAAGGCGGGUCAUCGUCGAUUCUCAUUGCAGGCUCUAAGUGCCAAACACCGCAGCAACAAGCAUCAUCAGGACAUCGAGAUCACCGAGGCGGAACCAUCCCGUACACCCGAGGACUCCGUAUGCAGUGGCGAGGGACCGACGGAUACCUAUGCGGAAAUAUCGGGCGUAUCGCAUUCAAUGCUCUCCCAUUCGAUGGUCUCGCACUCAAUUGUCUCUCACUCGAAGUAAGGAAACCCACAGUCGUUGUGGGUGCAGAGGAGGAAGAACUCGUAAACGAAGGAUUUGUAUAUAAGUAUUAAAGGAUACGAUAGUACAUGAUUGUAUGUGUAGAUAUCAAUAUGUAUGUAUGUAUGUGUAUGGGAGGAUUAGGGUGCAGCAUAGGUAAUAUAUAGCGCAACAAUACAAACAAUAAAAGGAUUACUUUAAUUUCGCAAUGAAAGAAAAACCAACAAAAAGCAACACAUGAACAAAGGCAAAGACACAAAAAAC